AUGUCUAUUCAAACAAGAGGACUAAAAGAAGAAUACGUUUCACUACACGAAAUUAGAAGACCAAUUCCACCGGUAUUAGACUAUCAAAAGAUUGAUGCAAUGGUUUCAACUUUGAAAGGUGUUCCCAUGGGUUCCGCCACUUGUAAAGUUGAAGAUAUUACCGAGGGCGAGCUACCUCCAAUUGACGUCUUCAAAAUCAGAGAAAAAGGUAAAACAUAUUACUUCGCUUUUGGUGGGUGCCAUAGAUUUCAAGCGUACGAUAGACUAAGUCAAGAGGAUGACAGUAAAGAGAUUUUAGUCAAGAGUAGGAUAAUACCUGCAACUAAGAAAACAUUGGAAUUAUACUUGGGCUCCUCUGUCCAUGUGAUGUUUGAGGAUAUUGAAAAGGAAAAUAAUGACAAGCAAAUUUUGUAA